CAAUCCUCCCAACAAAAAAAAUAAAGAAAACAAUUCUUGUUCAUAAAUAAAACCUAGGACACUGACUGCCAGAAUGGGUGACUCAAUUGUCAACAGCAGUGGUGCGGCAGCGGCCAAAGUCAGCGCUGCGACAGCCUUUUUUGAGGCAAUCUGGGAUGCCGGCAUCACUCACUGUUUUGUCAACUUGGGAAGCGACCAUCCAGCAAUGCUGGAGGCCAUGGCCAAGGCCAAAGAAGAGAACUCGAAGAACUUCCCCAGAAUGAUCACCUGUCCAUCGGAAAUGGUUGCUCUUUCAGCUGCCAUAGGCUUUGCCCAGGUCACUGGUGUUCCACAAUGCGUAAUCGUGCAUGUCGAGUGUGGCACCCUGGCGAUGGGCCAGGCGAUACACAAUGCAUCGGUCGGGCGUGUCCCAGUGCUCUGUUUCGCUGGCCUUACCCCGUUCACCCAGGACGGAGAGCUCCUCGGCUCCAGAACCGAGUUCAUUCACUGGCUUCAGGACGUCCCGGAUCAAGCCGCAAUUGUGCGUCAGUACUGCCGGUAUACAGCGGAGAUCAAAACCGGGCACAACAUCAAGCAGAUGGUAUACCGCUCGCUGCAGUUCGCACGAUCCGACCCGGCCGGCCCAGUCUAUUUGAUGGCGGCUCGAGAGGUCUUGGAACAGACUGUGGAUUCGCUACCUCUCACGAGCGAACUAUGGAGCCCACUAAAGCCUUCUUCCCUACCCGAAGAUGACGUCGAAAUGAUCGCACAAACCUUGAUGGAAGCAAAGCGACCACUGGUGAUCACGGGGUACCUUGGACGAAACCCGCGAAGCCCCAAGGUUCUUGCCGAGCUUUGCGACAAACUUCCAAUCAGUGUCCUCGAAACUGUUGGCUCAGACAUGUGCAUCCGGAGCGACCACGAGGCGUAUCUCGGUGUAACCAUCACCACUCAUGACGCUGUGCGGGAGGCUGACGUUAUCCUUGUCAUCGACUGUGAUGUUCCGUGGAUCCCGACCGCGGGCAAACCUCGAAGUGAUGCCAAGAUUUUCCACCUCGACGUGGAUCCGUUGAAACAGCAGAUGAUCGUCUACCACAUUCCGGCUAGUCACAGAUACAAAGUCAGCGCCGAACUUGCCCUCAAGCAGCUCAACAGAUACCUGGACAGGCAGCAACUUGACCCCUCCAAGUAUGCCGCUGCCUUUGAGGCACGAUCCACGCGGUACAAGAACUGGAGAGCAACCUUGGAUAGUCGUGAGGUGAUCUCGCCAGGAGGCCCGAUCAAGGUUCCGUAUCUGAUGUCACGGUUGCGGAAACUGCUGCCGCAAAGCACUACAAUCGUCCUGGAGGCAGUCACAAACGCGCUCCCAGCUAUUGAGCAUCUGCAUUUGACCGAGCCAGGAAGCCUCUACGCUACCGGUGCGGGCGGGCUAGGUUGGAUCGGCGGCGCAGCGAUCGGCGUCAAGCUGGCCAGGCCCGAGUCAUUUGUCUGCGGCAUUGUUGGCGACGGGACUUUCCUGUUUUCACAGAUGGAAAGCGCCGCCUGGAUUGCCGCCCGGUACAAUACUCCAUCGCUCCUGAUUGUCCUCAACAACGGGGGUUGGAACGCACCGAAGGUGUCCGCGUUAGCGGUCCACAAAGAGGGCUACUCUUCCAGGGCAAACAGGAGAGACCUUAAUAUCUCCUUCGACCCUUCCCCUGACUACCCAGGAAUUGCGACCGCUUCAGGAAAGGCUUGGGGGGCCACCGUCACAUCUGGCGACGACGUGGACCGAGUUUUAGAAGAGGCGAUCAGCGUGGUUCGCGGGGGUAGAAGCGCAGUCGUGGAAGUCCACGUACCAUCAAUAUGGCCUGAGAAUUAGUUUCACACUCGGCCUAGGUUGGUCGAAACCCAAGGAGCGUGAAAUCUAUACAAGUUGUGUUCGACCGUGUCUGUAAAGACCUAUGAAUACUUUAGAAAUAGCAAUCGUGUCUUGCACAAAGCUUUGGUGAAGCUGUAGCACCUAG